AUGGCUUUCAACCGCCCCGGCAUCGCCUCAAUGUCCCUAGGUCGGCCCUGGGUACACGACCUACCUGGCAAGCUGAUGCAAGCCGCAGAUCACGGCUUUAAGGGCAUUGAACUCUUCUUCGACGACCUAGACUGCUAUGCGCAGCGGGUAUUUGACGGUGAUCACCACGAGGCCGCACGCUCAACGCGGCGGAUGUGCAAGCGGCUGGGUCUGACCAUUAUCUGCCUCCAGCCAUUUUCCAUGUACGAGGGCCUCAUCGACCGCGCCGAGUCAGACCGGCUCAUCAAUGAAAAACUCCCUAAAUGGUUUACCCUGGCGCGGGCGCUAGGCACAGACAUGAUCCAGGUUCCGUCAAACUUCCUAGGUCCUGACCCAAAGACUGGUGCUGCUCGCACCACUGGCGACCGCACAGUCAUCGUUCGUGAUCUCCAACGCCUGGCUGACUUGGGUGCCGGUGCUGGGUUCCGGUUUGUCUACGAAGCUCUCUGCUGGGGUGAUCAUAUUGAUACCUGGGAGGCCUCGUGGGAGGUGGUUCGCGAUGUCGAUCGUCGCAACUUUGGUCUAUGUCUUGACUCUUUCAAUAUCGCCGGUCGUGUAUAUGCCGACCCUGCUGCUCCUUCAGGUCGCACACCUAAUGCGGCGGCAGAUUUGGCUGCUUCGUUGCAGCGCCUGCGCACUGCCAACAUCGACCCGGCCAAGAUUUUCUAUGUCCAACUUGUUGACGGUGAGCGUCUUUCCGCCCCGUUAGAUGAAAAGCACCCUUUCCACGUUGCCGGACAGCCUGUCCGCAUGAAUUGGUCACGCAAUGCUCGUCUGUUCCCCCUCGAGGAGUCGCGUGGUGGUUAUCUGCCUAUUGUGGAUAUCGCUCGUGUCUUCUUCGAAGAUCUCGGCUACCGCGGCUGGGUUUCUCUUGAACUCUUUAGUCGAACUCUCGGCGAGACCGAUCCAUUUGUUCCUGCCGACCACGCUCGUCGUGGUAUCGAGUCAUAUAACAAAAUGGCUCGUAUCUUGGGCUGGGACGAGCCGGCUGAGAACACCUCGUUGCCACUGUUGGCGCCCGAGUCACCUGUUCAACACCGCCUCUAG